AUGGACGUCCAGGACCUUCAUCAACAAGUCGGAGGCGGUGUGGGAUCGAAGUCCUCGGUACGCGUUGGGACGGGCCACGAAGCGGCAAAGGGGACUCUCAAGGGCGCGAGAAGGAUGGAGGAGCCGACCGAUGCCUUUGCACGGGGAGAGACACUCCCUUCUCCCCCUCAUUCGACGCAGAAACGACCUCGUCCUCGUCUUCGCCCCUCGCCUCCUCCCGACUCGCCUUUGCCCGCACACCAGCACACACAAUCAAGACCCAUCUCGUCCCUCUCCCUUGCGGAAUCAUUUUCCAGUCCCCCUCCACCGGCAUACGACUCGCUCCUUCCCUCUUCUCCUCCCUCUCCUUCGCUCUCUCGUCCUUCUUCACCCGCCUCGCCAGACGUGGAAGACGCCCAGCUCGACGAGCUGAUUACCCUCACCCGCUCGCUGUUGCUCUCGUCGCAAGCGAUUCUGAGGGAUGGGGAGGAAGUGAGGGAGAGUUUGGAGAGGAUCAUUAGGAGCGGGAGUCCGCCGAGGACUGGGUCGGCUUUCCUGCGCCGGAUUGGAGAGACGGGGGACGGCGGAGUGGAAGGCGUUUGUGGGCGUGGUGUCGAGGAGGGGUCGGAGCGGUUGAAGAUUUUGGACGGAAGCGGUGUCGUCGUGAGAGAGGGUGCAGCUGGAGACGUUGCUGGCGGAAGUUGCGAUGCGACGAGGAGCACGGUACGGGCGCUCGGCGACUUCGCCGGCGAGUCGAGUAGAGCGCAAAGUCGGACAGUCGACCCCAUCUCUCCCGCCGAUCUACAGCCCCAACCCGCAGCCAGCAAGCCCAGCACGGCACGCGACCUACUCUCCCAAGUUGCGCAGCAACAAGGCGGAGCCCCCAAACCUGCACCCACCGCCGCAGUCGCCUUCGACACCUCCUCGACCUUCGAUCUCCGCAUCCCGCCUUCACCGCCAGAGACGCCUGACAAGACGGUCGACUGCACCGACGCGUCAUCGUCAUUCCUUGCAUGUCACGGUACAAUAAAUAGCCCCGCUUUGCGCGCCCGAAGCUCGCGCCCGCUUCUCGCCGACUCCGACUCGCAGGCAGAGAUCGAGUCUCUUGCCCGUCCUGCAUCCCCCGUACUCGUUUCGACACUUUCCGAAACACCCCGUCGACUAUCGCAAGCCGUAGAACUCUCGACUCCGUCGUCCAUCACCUCGACCCAUUUCUCGUCAUCCUCCCGUAGACCGGUUCACCACCGCCGCACCUCGACCGUCUCGUCGGCGACCACCACCUCGACUUUUACCUCGACGCAUCGCUCCGCGACGACCGCAUCACUCAGCCUGUCAUCGUUCGACGAGUUGCUCGAGUCGUCGUCGUCGUCCCGCUCGACAACGAGCGACAGCACGCAGGGGGCCGGCCAGAGUCAGGCGCGGGACCGACUGAAGGCUCUUGUUGACGGUCCAGCGGUAGCGGCGGACAAGGGAGCAUCGGCGGAGGGAGGAGAGAAGGCCGCGGCCUCUUCGAGCUGGUGGGGUUGGCAGCAAGGGUAG